AUGUCUCAUCGGCACAUCUUCAACGCACUCAACCAGACCUUCAUCGUCGACUCAGAGUACGACUUUGUCAAGGAACUCGGCCAGGGUGCCUAUGGAUGUGUCGUCGCUGCACGCCAUCGUCGUUCAGGCGAAGGGUGCGCAAUCAAGAAGAUUACCAAUAUCAACACAAAGCGUAUCCUAACCAAGCGCUGUCUGCGGGAGAUCAGGCUGCUCCACCACUUUAGGGGGCACAAGAACAUCACUUGCUUGUAUGAUAUGGAUAUCGUCUAUGAGCCCAAUGGCGACUACAACGAGGUCUACCUGUACGAGGAGCUGAUGGAGGCAGAUCUGCAUGCGAUCAUCCGAUCUGGUCAGCCGCUCUCCGAUGCCCACUUCCAGUCCUUUAUCUACCAAACCCUCUGUGGGCUCAAAUACAUCCACAGCGCCAAAGGGCUCCACCGCGAUCUCAAACCUGGCAACCUUCUCGUAAACGCCGACUGCGAGCUGAAGAUCGGCGAUUUUGGACGUGCGAGGGGUUGGCAGCCCGGACUGGGCAUACAGCAGCAGAACAAUAGGGGCCAGGAGGGGUUCAUGACUGAGUACGUCGCGACGAGGGGAUAUCGUGCGCCGGAGAUCAUGUUGAGCUUUGCUAACCAUGGGCCGCCAAUCGAUAUCUGGAAUGUGGGAUGUAUCCUUGCCGAGCUUUUGGGCGGGAAGCCGAUCUUCAAGGGCAGGGAGUGCGUCGACCAGUUGAACCAAAUCCUGCACUACCUUGGCACGCCAUCCGAGGACACGCUGCGCCGCGUUGACUCCCCUAGGGCGCAGGACUACAUCCGUUCCCUGCCUAUCAAACCCCGUAUCCCCUUCCAAUCCCUCUACCCGCACGCGAACCCUCUGGCUAUCGACCUCUUAAGCCAGAUGCUCUGCUUCGACCCUGCCAAGCGUAUUUCCUGCGAGAAAGCGCUUGAGCACCCGUACCUCGCCGUAUGGCACGAUACGGCGGACGAGCCGCUCUGCAGCCAGACAUUCGACUUUGCCUUUGAAAAAGUAGACGACAUGCCAGGGAUGAAGCAGCUCAUUAUAGAGGAAGUGAACUCCUUCCGCGCCCUGGUGCGUUCCCAGGCUAGGCAGCAAUUGCAGGCUAGGAAACAGGACUCGCUUCCUAUCCCGAUCAGGGACGAUAUCCUUGCCAGCCCGGUAAAUGAAAACGAGGGUACGAGCGGGUAUACGUUCCCCCACCCUAGCGCGCCCGGCCCCAGCGGAGGGAUGGUCGAAGAGCCCGGGGCGGAGCUGGACAAGGAACUCGGAGGGUAUGGACAGCGUUGA